GAAGUGCUUCAUCACCCAAACUUGAGCAGAAAAAAAAAAGAGAGAAGUAAAAUACUAAAGAAUUAAAUGCAAAAACAAAAAUGAUUUUUUAAUAAAAUUUUGAAAUUGAAAAAAUAUUGAAAAUCGCUAGGGUUUGACGCAAAAAAUUUGUGAAUCGCGGAAAACCCAACCAAAGAGAGUGAGUUGAGUCGCCGAUUCCCGUCAACUUCGCGUCUCUAGGAUCCAUCGGUCUGUAGCCCCCACUCCGGAACUCCCGCGUUUUUUUUUGGUUUAUUGAGAGAGAAAGUUGCUAAGAGAGUUUUGAGCUUGGGGGUUUUUGAACGUUGGGAUCCGAGGGCCCAGAUAGGGUUUCAGUUGGAGUUUUUUUGGAGGGAUUUGAGUUUUCUUGGGUUUUGAGCUUUUUGGGGGUUUUCUUUUUUCGAAUAGAUGGUUUCUUUUUGGGGGGUGAUUUGAGUUUGUUGGAUGUGUGUGAAUUUGGGUUGAGUUGCAUGCAAUCUGGUGGCGGAGGUGGAGGCGGGCCCAGCCGGAACCCGGGAGUGGGCCCCGCGGGUCGGGCUGGAUCGACAUCGUCAGCUGCUUCCCCGUCUUCGUCGUCCUCGGCCGUGUCUACGCCACACUUGGGUUUCGAUUCUGUGCAGCAUCAACAUCAACAUCAGCAACAGCAGCAGCAACAGCAACAGCAGCAGCAGCAGCAGCAGCAAUUAGGGUCUAGGCAGUCAUUACAACAGCAACAAUUUUUAAGAAAACCUGAAGGGAAUGAAGCUCUUCUAGCAUAUCAAGCUGCUGGUCUCCAAGGAGUUCUGGGAGGGAGCAAUUUUGUUUCAUCUCCUGGCUCCAGUCAAAUGCCUCAACAAUCUAGGAAGUUCAUUGAUUUGGCUCAACAACAUGGCUCCCAGGAUGGACAGAAUAGGAGUCAAGGUGUUGACCAGCAAGUGUUAAAUCCAGUUCAUCAAGCUUAUCUUCAUUAUGCUUUUCAGGCUGCCCAGCAGAAGUCAGGUUUGGCAAUGCAAUCUCAGCAGCAAGCUAAAAUGGGAUUGUUGGGGCCUCCAUCUGGAAAAGACCAGGACAUGCGAUUGGGAAAUAUGAAAAUGCAGGAACUCAUGUCUAUGCAGGCAGCUAAUCAGGCACAACCAUCAUCGUCUAAGAACUCGACGGAACAUUUUACUCGUGGAGAAAAGCAGAUGGACCAAGCACAGCCACCCUCUGACCAAAGGAGUGAAUCAAAGCCUUCAGCCCAGCAGUCAGGCAUAGGUCAAUUCAUGCCUGGAAAUAUGUUAAGGCCAAUGCUGGCACCACAGGCUCAGCAAAGCACCCAAAACACGCCGAACAACCAGAUUGCAUUGGCUGCUCAGUUGCAAGCAUUUGCACUUGAGCACAACAUUGAUCUUUCACAGCCUGGAAAUGCCAACUUGAUGGCGCAGCUCAUUCCAUUGUUGCAGUCUAGGAUGGCUGCUCAACAAAAGGCAAAUGAAAGCAACUUGGGUGUACAAUCAUCACCUGUUCCAGUGUCAAAGCAGCAGGGUACUUCUCCACCAGUUGUGAGUGAGAGUUCUCCGCAUGCUAAUUCAUCAAGCGAUGUAUCUGGACAGUCUAGCUCUGUAAAAGCAAAGCAGACGGUUGCUCCUAGCCCAUUUGGAUCAGGUUCAAAUACUAGCAUCUUUAACAAUAGUAACAGCAUUCCUGUGAAGCAGUUUGCUGUUCAUGGCAGAGAAAACCAGAUGCCUCCUAGGCAGUCGGUUCCUAUUGGAAAUGGAAUGACUUCUAUCCACCCCACACAGUCAUCUGCAAACACAAGCCAGGGUGUGGAUCACUCUUUCCACGGAAAAAGUCCACUGAACAAUCCAGAAACAUUGCAGAUGCAAUACCAGAAGCAGUUGAGUCGAUCUUCUCCACAGGCUAUAGUUCCUAAUGAUGGGGGCUCUGGCAACCACGUACAGACACAAGGUGGACCGUCUACUCAGAUGCCACAACAACGUCUUGGGUUCACCAAACAGCAGCUUCAUGUUCUUAAAGCUCAAAUACUAGCAUUUAGGCGACUCAAGAAAGGUGAAGGCACACUCCCACAAGAACUUCUUCGGGCUAUUGCUCCACCACCACUUGAUCUGCAGCUACAGCAGCAAUUGCUUCCUGGAGGGGGAAACAUUCAGGAUAAAUCUUCUGGGAAAGUUAUAGAAGAUCACGUGCGGCAUAUGGAGUCCAAUGAAAAAGAUUCACAGGCUGUGGCAUCAAUAAAUGCACAGAACGUUCCAAAAGAGGAAGCUUUUACUGGAGAUGAGAAAGCAACUGUAUCAACAGUUCAUGUGCAAGGAACGCCCACUGCGUUGAAGGAACCUACUCCCAUGGUGUCUUCUGGAAAAGAAGAGCAGCAUUCCACUUUAUCUUCUGUUAAGUUGGACCAUGAAGUUGAACGCAGUAUUCAAAAAGCUCCUGUUAGAAGUGAGUUUCCAGUUGAUAGGGGAAAGUCUGUUGCAUCACAGGUUGCUGUAUCUGAUGCCAUGCAAGUUAAGAAGCCUGCACAAGCAAGCACUGUACCCCAGCCAAAAGAUGUUAGCUCUGCUAGAAAGUAUCACGGACCACUGUUUGAUUUCCCCUUUUUCACUAGGAAACAUGACUCCUUUGGUUCAGGAGUGAUGGUGAACAACAACAAUACUAACAGCAAUAAUAAUAAUAAUCUAACAUUGGCAUAUGAUGUCAAAGAUCUUCUGUUUGAGGAAGGUGUGGAAGUUCUUAACAAGAAGAGAACAGAAAAUAUUAAGAAGAUUGGUGGUCUAUUGGCGGUAAAUUUGGAGAGGAAAAGGAUUAGGCCUGAUCUUGUCUUGCGGUUGCAAAUUGAAGAAAAAAAGCUUCGACUUUUAGAUUUACAGGCACGCUUAAGAGAUGAAAUUGAUCAACAACAGCAGGAGAUAAUGGCAAUGCCUGACAGGCCUUAUAGGAAGUUUGUUCGGCUUUGUGAGCGUCAGCGGAUGGAGCUAGCUAGGCAAGUGCAGGCCUCUCAGAAAGCCAUGAGGGAGAAGCAACUGAAAUCUAUUUUCCAGUGGCGUAAGAAGCUACUUGAAGCUCACUGGGGCAUUCGUGAUGCACGGACUGCACGCAACAGGGGAGUUGCCAAAUAUCAUGAGAGAAUGUUGAGGGAGUUUUCAAAAAGAAAGGAUGAUGAUAGGAGUAAAAGGAUGGAAGCAUUGAAGAAUAAUGAUGUUGAAAGGUACAGGGAAAUUUUGCUAGAACAGCAGACUAGUAUCCCAGGGGAUGCAGCGGAGAGAUAUGCGGUUCUAUCAUCAUUUUUGAGUCAGACUGAGGAAUAUCUUCAUAAGCUUGGAAGUAAAAUAACAGCUGCCAAGAAUCAACAGGAAGUGGAAGAGGCAGCAAAUGCUGCUGCAGCUUCUGCACGGGUGCAGGGUCUCUCUGAGGAAGAAGUUAGGGCGGCAGCAGCUUGUGCUGGAGAGGAAGUACUGAUUAGAAAUCGAUUUAUAGAAAUGAAUGCACCUAGAGAUAGUUCAUCUGUUAACAAGUAUUAUAGUCUUGCACAUGCUGUGAAUGAAAGGGUCAUAAGGCAACCCUCAAUGUUACGGACUGGAAACUUAAGAGACUAUCAACUUGUUGGGUUGCAAUGGAUGCUUUCUCUGUAUAACAACAAGUUAAAUGGAAUAUUGGCAGAUGAAAUGGGUCUUGGGAAAACUGUGCAGGUGAUGGCAUUGAUUGCAUAUUUAAUGGAGUUCAAAGGGAACUAUGGGCCGCAUCUCAUAAUUGUUCCAAAUGCUGUUUUGGUAAAUUGGAAGAGUGAGUUGCAUACUUGGCUUCCAUCUGUGUCAUGCAUAUAUUAUGUUGGUGGGAAGGAUCAACGAUCAAAAUUAUUUUCUCAAGAGGUUUGUGCCUUGAAGUUUAAUGUCCUUGUGACAACUUAUGAGUUCAUCAUGUAUGAUCGCUCCAAACUUUCAAAAAUUGAUUGGAAGUAUAUAAUAAUUGAUGAAGCACAAAGGAUGAAAGACAGGGAGUCGGUUCUAGCUCGUGACCUUGACAGGUAUCGUUGCCAAAGGCGCUUGCUUUUGACAGGAACACCAUUACAGAAUGAUUUGAAGGAACUCUGGUCACUAUUAAAUUUGCUUCUUCCAGAAGUAUUUGAUAAUCGGAAAGCAUUUCAUGACUGGUUUUCGAAACCCUUUCAAAAGGAAGCUCCUACACCAAAUGCAGAAGAUGACUGGCUUGAGACUGAAAAGAAAGUUAUCAUCAUCCACCGACUUCAUCAAAUUUUAGAGCCUUUUAUGCUUAGGCGUCGUGUUGAAGAUGUGGAAGGUGCACUUCCACCUAAGAUCUCCAUAGUUUUAAGGUGUAGAAUGUCAGCUAUUCAAAGUGCUGUAUAUGACUGGAUCAAAUCAACAGGCACUAUUCGAGUAGAUCCUGAAGAAGAGAAGCUCAGGGUUCAAAAGAAUCCACUUUAUCAGCCCAAAGUGUACAAAACCUUAAAUAACAGAUGCAUGGAACUGCGAAAAACUUGCAAUCAUCCUUUGCUUAAUUAUCCAUAUUUCAAUGAUUUUUCCAAGGAUUUCCUUAUAAGAUCCUGUGGGAAAUUAUGGAUCCUGGAUAGGAUCCUUAUUAAACUUCAGAGAACAGGGCAUCGAGUACUUCUUUUUAGUACCAUGACAAAACUCCUUGAUAUUUUGGAGGAAUACUUGCAGUGGCGUCGACUUGUCUACAGAAGAAUUGAUGGAACAACCAGUUUAGAAGAUCGUGAGUCAGCUAUAGUGGAUUUCAACAGCCCUGAUUCGGACUGCUUCAUCUUCUUGCUUAGUAUUCGUGCAGCUGGUCGGGGUCUUAAUCUCCAGUCUGCUGAUACGGUUGUCAUAUAUGAUCCUGAUCCAAACCCUAAAAAUGAAGAACAGGCAGUUGCUAGAGCCCACCGCAUUGGACAGAAGAGAGAAGUCAAGGUCAUUUAUAUGGAAGCAGUUGUUGACAAAAUCUCUAGCCAUCAGAAGGAGGAUGAACUAAGAAGUGGAGGUACUGUUGAUUCAGAGGAUGACCUUGCUGGUAAGGAUCGGUAUAUCGGAUCAAUUGAGAGCCUCAUAAGAAACAACAUUCAACAAUACAAGAUUGACAUGGCUGAUGAGGUUAUCAAUGCUGGGCGUUUUGACCAAAGAACCACACAUGAAGAGCGACGUAUGACUCUGGAAACCUUACUGCAUGAUGAAGAGAGGUACCAAGAAACUCUUCAUGACGUUCCCUCUUUGCAGGAGGUAAAUCGCAUGAUUGCUAGAAGCGAAGAAGAAGUUGAAUUGUUUGAUCAAAUGGAUGAAGAACUGGACUGGAUUGAGGAGAUGACUAAGUACAACCAGGUUCCCAAAUGGCUUCGAACCGGUACAAGAGAAGUAAAUGCUGUGAUUGCUAGUUUAUCAAAAAGACCAUCUAAGAACACUUUGUUGGGUGGUAAUAUUGGCUUGGAGACCAGUGAAAUGGGUUCUGAUUCAUCUCCAAAAACUGAAAGAAAGAGGGGGCGGCCCAAGGGGAAAAAGCAUCCCAGCUAUAAGGAGUUAGAUGAUGACAAUGGUGAAUACUCAGAAGCAAGUUCUGAUGAGAGAAAUGAAUAUUCUUUGCAUGAAGAAGAGGGAGAAGUUGGAGAAUUAGAGGAUGAUGAAUAUAGUGGUGCUGUUGAGGCAACACCAAUUAUUAAGGAACAAGUGGAAGAAGAUGGCCCUGAAUGUGAUGUUGGCUACGAUUAUCCCCAGGCUUCAGAAAGAGUUAGAAAUAACCACAUGCUAGAAGAAGCUGGUUCCUCAGGAUCAUCCUCAGACAGUCGGAGGUUGAUGCAGACAGUGUCUCCUGUUUCUUCCCAGAAAUUUGGUUCCCUGUCUGCCAUAGAUGGUAGGCCAGGAUCUGUUUCAAAGAGGCUGCCUGAUGAUGUAGAGGAAGGUGAGAUUGUCGUAUCUGGGGAUUCUCAUAUGGACCACCAACAAUCUGGAAGUUGGAAUCAUGACCGUGAUGAAGGUGAAGACGAACAGGUUUUGCAACCUAAGAUCAAGAGGAAGCGUAGUCUUAGGGUUCGCCCUCGUCAUACCAUGGAAAGGCCAGAGGAGAAAUCUGGUAGUGAGACGCCAUCUCUCCAACGUGGAGAUUCAUCUCUGUUGCCCUUCCAAGCAGACCAUAAAUCUCAAACACAGUCAAGGGCUGAUUCUGAAAUCAAAACGUAUGGAGAUCCCCAUGCUUUAAAACAUGACCAAAGUGAUUCAUCCUCAAAAACUAGGCGAAGUUUGCCUGCAAGGAGAGUUGGUAACGCGUCAAAAUUGCAUGCUUCACCUAAAUCUGGCAGAUCAAAUAGCGUGCCUGAUCCUGCAGAAGAUGCUGCUGAACACCACAGAGAAAAUUGGGAUGGAAAAGUCGGGAGUACGAGUGGAACUCCAGUUUAUGGCACAAAAAUGCCUGACAUCAUCCAGAGAAGGUGCAAGAAUGUAAUUAGCAAGCUCCAAAGGAGAAUAGAUAAGGAAGGUCCUCAAAUAGUACCUUUACUAACAGAUUUGUGGAAGCGCAUUGAAAAUGCUGGUUACACAAGUGGAUCAGGAAAUAAUAUCUUGGAUUUACGAAAGAUUGAUCAGCGGAUAGAGAGGUUGGAGUAUAAUGGAGUGAUGGAGCUUGUGUUUGACGUGCAGUCUAUGUUGAAAAGUGCAAUGCAAUUUUAUGGUUUUUCCCAUGAGGUAAGAACUGAAGCCAGGAAAGUACAUGAUCUUUUCUUUGAUAUCUUGAAAAUAGCAUUUGCAGACACUGAUUUUCGAGAAGCCAGAAGCGCACUCUCUUUUACUAGCCCAGUUUUGACCACUAAUGCUCCAUCCCCAAGACCGGUGACUGUUGGCCAAAGCAAGAGACACAAACAUAUAAAUGAGGUGGAGCCUGACCCGGGUCCUCAACAGAAGCCACAACAACGUACUCCUAUUUUCAGUAGCGAAGACACGAGGAUGAGAAGCCAUAUGCCCCACAAGGAAUCAAGACUUGGGAGUGGAAGUGGUAAUAGUCGGGAGCACUAUCAGCAGGAUGAUUCUCCACAGCUUGCUCAUCCAGGGGAUCUGGUUAUCUGCAAGAAGAAGAGAAAAGACAGGGAAAAGUCCGUGGUAAAGCCUAGGACUGGAUCAGCUGGCCCUGUUUCACCCCCGAGUAUGGGUCGCGGUAUUAAAAGUCCAGGUUCAAAUUCGGUUCCAAAGGAGAGAUUGACUCAACAAACCUCACAAGGGUGGACCAACCAGCCUCCUCAGCCUUCGAAUAAGGCUGCAGGGUCAGUUGGUUGGGCAAAUCCCGUAAAGAGGUUACGGACAGACUCUGGAAAGAGAAGGCCAAGCCAUUUAUGACUUUGCUAAAGGAUUGAUUAAUGAUGUACUGGAAGAAGUUGUCACUUCCCUUUUGUUCAUAAUUUUAGUGGCAUAAGGGCACAAAUAGCCAUACUGUUCAUACAGUGUAGGUCUUCGUUUACAAACAUCUUUUUCUAUGAAAAGUCAGUAGCUUAUAUCCGUGCCUCGCAGGUCGUACCCCUCCCUCUGCUAGACAAGACCUUUGUAAAGUAAUACAUUCCCUUCAUACUUACUGAUCUUGAAGAUUAAGUGCUACAAAUUUCAAUUCAAUCUGUCACCUGCUUGGCAGUUACUGUA